AUGUUGCGACUCGCGGCCAAGCUGGUGGCCUUUUUCUGGAGGAGAGAGGAAGGUCCCGAGAAGGAGGUCACGCCGCCAGGCCCCGAGUUCGUGGAAGGCGAUGUGAGGCUCAAGACGGUGCAGGGCGUGGUGACCAGGUACUGCAGUGACUACGGCAUGAUUGAUGACUUGAUCUACUUCUCCAAUGACGCCGUGACCAGCAAGGUGCUGCUGAACGUGGGGCAGGAAGUGAUCGCCGUUGUGGAGGAAAACAGAGUGUCCAGUGGGCUGAAGGCCAUCCGGGUGGAAGCUGUCUCUGAUAAAUGGGAAGAUGGCAGCAAGAACUCGAACGAAGGCCUGUCAGACCCCUGCCCCCGGGUGCUGAUCGGGUGUGUGACCUCCCUCGUGGGAGGCACCGGCUACAUCAACCAGACUACGCGUUUCUCUCCGGAGAGUGUGUGCGAAGGUUUCCAGCCCUGUAAGGGAGACUGGGUGGAGGCCGAGUACUGGAUCCGGCCAGGCACCUGGAGCAGCGAGGCCCUGUCCGUGAAGCCACUGAGAUACAAGCGUGUGGACAAGGCCUGCAUCUCCAGCCUCUGCGGCAGGAACGGGGUCAUAGAGGACAGCAUCUUCUUCACCCUGGACUCCCUGAAGCUGCCGGAGGGCUACGUGCCGCGCAGACAUGACAUCGUGAGCGCCGUGGUGGUGGAGAGCAGCCAGUCCUGCUACGUCUGGAGAGCUCUGUGUCUCAUGCCCGUGCACAGAAACCCCGCCACCCCUGGAGUGCCCCCUGAGGAGUCCUAUGGACCCCAACUGCUGAAGAACAAAGGUGGCCUUGAAGUCACAAGGAUGACCAGUUUUGGAACACUGAAGGAAGGAGCCAGUAAAAGCCUGGCCAUCUGGAUCGAGAAUAAAGGAGACACCGCUCAGAGCUUAGUGAGCUGCAAGCUGGCGGGCUGGGACAAAGCUGGACAGUUCAGGCUCCAGGACCGGGCACGCCUGGCUGCGUCUCUGGUUCCUGUUUCUGAGAAGAAUUGUUUAGGUGACUGUACAGAAGACAGACAGAAAGCCAGCACUGUCUCAGAGCAGACAGCAGAAGUGGAGCCUGGGGGUCCCAUCCCCCCUGGAGGGAAGACUUGCAUCGUGGUUACAUGCGAUGCAAAAAAUCCUGGCCGCUGCAAGGAGCUCCUUCUGCUGUGUUUCUCAAAUUUCCUCAUUGGGCGAUACCUCGAAGUCACCGUCAUGAGCGCCGAGGAGCUGCUCGUCGCCGUCCGCGAGCCCUUCUCUUGGAAGAAGCCUAAAAGCUGUCAGGCGGUGGUGCCCACGAAGACCACAGUGGUUGUGACGACACAAAAGAGGAACUCAAGACGACAGCUUCCAAGCUUUCUCCCGCAGUACCCGAUCCCAGACAGACUGAGGAAGUGUGUGGAGCACAAGACCGACGUCCUGACCUUCCAGCCGAUGCUCGCCGAGCUUUUGAACAUGUCCAACUACAAGGAGAAGUUCUCCACUCUGCUGUGGCUUGAGGAGAUCCAUGCAGAAAUAGAGCUGAAGGAGUACAACAUGAGUGGAGUCACCUUGAAGAGGAACGGGGAGCUGCUGGUGCUGGAGGUCCCGGGCUUGGCGGAGAGCAGGCCUUCCCUGUAUGCAGGUGAUAAGCUGAUUUUAAAGACUCAGGAGUACAACGGACAUGUCAUCGAGUACAUUGGCUAUGUGAUUGAGAUUCAUGAAGAAGAUGUUACUCUUAAACUUAACCCAGAGUUUGAACAGAGCUAUAACUCUGAACCCAUGGAUGUGGAAUUCACGUAUAACAGGACCACGAGCAGACGAUGUCAUUUUGCACUGGAGCAAGUCAUCCACUUGGGUGUCAAAGUUUUGUUUCCAGAAGAAGUCAUUUUACAGUCUCCCCAAGUGACAGUGAGUUGGAACCUCACACAAGAUGCCCGAAACGACGGAGAGUCUGCCUCCAAGAACAGAAACUCUGUGACGGACCAAACCAAAGCCGCUGCAACAGAGAGGACUGUCGGUGCCGCGGAGCAGCCGGGGGCUGCCGAGACGGACAGUGGGGUCAGCGAAACCGAGAGUCCCAAAGCAAAAGACAAGGAGUUUUUUAACCCAGUGCUCAACGAGAAUCAGAAGUUGGCGGUUCGAAGAAUUCUGAGUGGGGACUGCCGCCCACUGCCAUAUAUUCUUUUUGGACCCCCUGGCACUGGGAAGACGGUGACGAUCAUCGAGGCUGUGUUGCAGGUCCAUCAUGCCUUGGCGGACAGUCGGAUUCUGGUGUGCGCCCCCUCCAACAGUGCCGCUGACUUGGUGUGCUUGCGCUUGCAUGAGAGCAAGGUACUGCGGCCGGCGGCCAUGGUCAGGGUGAACGCCACCUGCAGGUUUGAGGAGACCGUCAUCGACGCCAUCAGACCGUACUGCAAGGACGGCGAGGACAUCUGGAAGGCCUCACGCUUCCGUAUCAUCAUCACCACCUGCAGCAGCGCUGGCCUCUUCUACCAGAUCGGCGUGAGAAUUGGACAUUUCACCCACGUCUUUGUGGACGAAGCCGGACAGGCCAGUGAGCCAGAAUGCCUCAUCCCCUUGGGGCUGGUCUCCGACGUCAGUGGCCAGAUUGUGCUUGCCGGGGAUCCCAUGCAGCUUGGCCCAGUCAUCAAGUCGCGGCUGGCCAUGGCCUACGGGCUGAACGUGUCCAUGUUGGAGAGGCUGAUGGCACGGCCAGCAUACCUGAGGGAUGAGAACGCCUUUGGUGCUUGUGGUGCCUACAACCCCCUGUUGGUGACAAAGCUGGUGAAGAACUACAGGUCCCACUCGGCCCUGCUGGCCCUGCCCUCCCGGCUCUUCUACCACAAGGAGCUCGAGGUCUGUGCAGACCCCAAGGUCGUGACCUCUUUGCUGGGCUGGGAGAAGCUGCCUAAAAAAGGUUUCCCACUUGUCUUCCACGGGGUGAGGGGCAGUGAGGCACGUGAAGGACGAAGCCCCUCGUGGUUCAACCCGGCUGAGGCUGUCCAGGUCAUGCGCUACUGCCUCCUCCUGGCCCGUAGUGUCACAAGCCCCGUGUCAGCCAGCGACAUCGGUGUCAUCACGCCCUACCGCAAACAGGUGGAGAAAAUCAAAAUCCUGUUGCGGAAUGUGGAUUUGGCGGACGUAAAGGUGGGGUCAGUGGAAGAGUUCCAGGGGCAGGAGUUCCUGGUCAUCGUCAUUUCCACGGUCCGCUCGAGUGAAGACAGGUUCGAGGAUGACCGCUACUUCUUGGGCUUCCUGUCCAACUCAAAGAGGUUCAACGUGGCCAUCACCAGACCCAAAGCUUUGCUGAUUGUUUUAGGGAACCCUCACGUGCUUGUCAGAGACCCCUGCUUUGGUGCCUUGCUGGAGUACAGCAUCACCAACGGCGUGUACACUGGGUGCAACCUUCCUCCCGAGCUGCAGGCUCUGCAAACGUGAGUACAGGGACUGUCCCCCUCCCCUGCAGGUCCACUUGUCCCUCGGGAGGGUGUGGGCCUCCUUUUCCUGUGGGGACACUCGCAGGGAGCCCGCCUCAGUGCCACUCUAUUCUCUUCCUGCAGCUGAUGGCCGGCCAGCAGCACCUGGAGCCAUGGACCAGCUGGGCAGAAGCCGGACUUCUGCUCAGUGUCUGACGAUUGGAGAUGUGCG